AUGUUGUCUCACUCUGAUAACUUCGAAGGGCUUGCGCUCAAGGACGUCAUCCCCAACGACCGCAAGCCCUGGUACAGAGAUGGCACCCUCAUCAAGCUCAACACCAUCCUACUCUGUGCUCUUCUCACCCAAAUCGCCUCUGGCUAUGACAGCAGCAUGCUGAAUGGCAUGCAAUCACUCCCCCAGUGGGAAAGCUACUUCGGCGAGCCAACAGGAACCCGUCUGGGAGCCAUGACCUUUGGCCCUACCGGCGGGACUCUCAUUUCAGUCUUGAUAUCCUCGCAGGUCUGCGAGAGAUAUGGCCGUCGAUACCCAAUCUGCGGGGGGUCACUGAUCAUCAUCGUCGGUGGAAUCCUGCAAGCAGCAGCAGUCAACUACGGGAUGUUCGUCCUGUCUCGAUUCAUCGUGGGCUUCGGUCUCGGAAUCGUUGCCACCGCUGCACCUCCUUUACUCACUGAAGUCGCAUAUCCAACUCACCGUGGCAAGCUGGUCUCGUUCUAUCUCGUUACCUGGCCGCUGGGCUCCCUCAUCGCCGCUUGGGUCACCUACGGCACAUUCAAAAUGACCAAUUCCUCCUGGAGCUGGCGAAUCCCAAGCGCCCUGCAAUGCUUCUUCUCCUUAACCCAAGCCAUCUUGAGUCUGUUCGCACCCGAGUCUCCCCGCUGGCUGAUCUACCAAGGCCGGUCCGAAGAAGCACUCGCCAUCCUAACAAAAUACCACGGCCACGGUGACGCAAACAGCCGGCUCGUCCGCUUCGAAAUGGCCGAAAUCACAGCAACACUGGAGAUGGAAAAAGCGCAGCGCCUGUCUCGCUGGACAGAAUGGCUUUCUACCAGGGGAAACCGACACCGUCUCUUUCUUGCCUUGUAUAUCCCGGCCAUGCUACAGUGGUCCGGAAAUGCAUUGACCUCGUAUUACCUCUCCAAAGUGUUGAACACGAUCAACGUAACAGACGCCAAAACCCAGCUUAUUAUCAACGCCUGCCUCUCUGUCUGGGGCUUCCUAACAGCCGCAUUCUUCGCGACAUUAGUCGACCGCGCAGGGCGUCGCAACCUCUUCCUGUCUGGAAUGGGCGGGAUGGGAAUCGCCUAUAUAAUCUGGACAAUCUGCUCCGCCCUGAACCAAAAGCACAAUUUCGAGGAUAAAGGGUUCGCAGCGGGCGUGCUGGCCAUGAUCUUCGUCUUCAGCGCCGCGUACCACAUGUGCUCGCCUGUCGCGCCAACAUACAUCAUGGAGGUGGUGCCCUUCUCGCUCCGGUCCAAGGCGGCUAUGAUGUACCAGCUGACGGGCAAUCUGGCGGGGCUGUAUAAUAGCUUUGCGAACCCGGUGGCGAUGGAUGCGAUUUCGUGGCGCUAUUAUAUUGUCUGGUGUGUGGUGAUUGGAGUCAAUUUUGCUCUUAUCUGGCUGUUUUUUCCUGAGACCAAGGGGAAGGGGCUUGAGGAGGUUGCGGAGAUCUUUGAUGGGCCGGAUGCGUUGGCGGGGGUUAAUGCUAUGAGGCAGAUGGGGUUGGAUGUGAAGGAAGAACGGGUUUAA